AUGCACUUCCGAGCCCUUGCGAUACUCUGCUGCCUCGCUGCGGCGCGGGGCUCCUGCCCUGCUGGCCAGGAGGAGGUCAAUAAAACGUGGCAGAUCAGCGCGAGCGAAGAUGAUUUCGAAGUGUCCCAUGACCUUGGUGCGGUGUCCUUGACCGAUACUGAUCUCGAGCUGGGUGCUGACAUGAGCCCGGACAGCAGCAACAACGUCCCGGGAAAGCAGACCAUCUUCCUGAUGUUCCGCAACGUGGACCUGGCGUCAGAUGCGACGGUCAACUUUGCUCAUGUCGUCUUCACGGUAGACGGCACCGGCGGCUGUUGCGACGAGCCCUUGGAGGUCACCGCGAAGAUGGCGUUGGUCUCAUCGACUCCGAAUGCGACGGCUCUCACGGCACAGGCAGCCUUGAACAUCUACGAAAAUAUGUCCACCUCUGCCAACGUGACCUACGCGCCUGAUCUCCACCUUGUCCUGGGCGCCGAGGUCAGCACCCCCGACUUAUCCGCACCUUUGAGGGAGGUUCUGGCUCAGAGCAGCUGGGGCAACUGGGUUCUGGUCAUGUUUGGCAAUAGCAACUCCACCCGUGGCCCAGAGAGCCGGGAGUAUGAGACCUUCGAUGGAACGCAACCGGCGGCGGCCGCCAAGCUGGUGGUCGGAACUUGCCAGGUCCCCCAGGGGGGCGUGUCCAGCGCAAGGACGAGGUCGCUAGGUGUGUUGCUCUUCUCCUUCCUGAGCCUUUUGGCUCUGAUGUGA